AUGCUGAUCAUGGUUGAUCGUUCUCUGCCGCUUGUUCUACAACUGGUUUGCGGAACAACGGAGCGUGCUGUCAAGGCGCAGAAGAUGGCAGGGCGGGACGUGAAGAAGAUCCGCCCACUCAGACAAAACGCCGAUGACCCCCCGGAUGACACCCCCAUCACGCUAAAGACGACUGUGACUGGCGGGAAUCAUGUCCGUGCGUAG